UAUUAUGACCCAGUUAUCGAUGUGGAACCCACUAAGGUUCAUGUUACGUUAAUAAACUUUUGGUGUGCCUUUUUCAAUUAUAAACGAUUUUAAGCAAAUUCUGUCCGUAAUUUAUAUUAAUUGUGUGCUAAAAACGUUGAGUGCGAUUUAAGGAAGAUUUUAGAUCAGUUUGGGUCAUUUUAGAGCACGAAAAGAUUAAAUACUUUCGGGCCGUAAAAUAAUUCUCUAAGGUUUGCUAACCAUUUGGCCAACCAACCAUGGAUCCCGAAGCAUUCCUAGACAUCGCCAAUCAGGUGGUGAAACUCAAAAUGUUUCCAUACUUCGACAUAGCACAUUGUACGCUCUGUGCUCUCUCAGUUAGAGAGGAUCUAGGAAGCGGCUCGCAGACAUUUUCCAGGAAGCACCCUCUAUCCUGCUGGCUUUCCUAUAUGCUGGUUGUAUUCGCUGGGGGGAUGGUGGCAAACGGACUCUUGGCGGAACCCAUCUUGGCACCUCUUAAAAAUACACCUCAAGUCUUGGUUGCAACGGCUGUGUGGUACGUGAUUUUCUAUACUCCUCUAGACGUCGGUUACAAACUAGCCAAAUUCCUACCGGUAAAAAUCGUGUUUUCGGCAAUGAAGGAAAUCUACAGAUGCAAAAAGAUCUACGACGGAGUGACACACGCAGCCAAACUAUAUCCUAACGCUUAUUUGAUCAUGAUCAUUAUUGGAACACUUAAAGGCAACGGAGCGGGUUUCACCCGACUGAUGGAACGGCUUAUGAGGGGCGUCUGGACGCCCACUGCCAUGGAAUUUAUGCAGCCAACCUUCUACACCAAAGCGUCAUUGGUUGCUUCCAUUAUCUUCAUCUUAGACAAGAAAACUGAGUUGAUUUCCGCCCCUCAUGCUUUGGUAUAUUUCGGAAUCGUCAUAUUCUUGGUCUACUUUAAAUUAUCUUCUAUUAUUCUGGGCAUUCAUGAUCCCUUUAUUCCGUUCGAAAACUUGAUGUGUGCCCUAUUUUUUGGAGGCAUAUGGGACAGUCUGGCUAAGAUCUUUGGGAAAGGGCAAAUCAAGGAGGGCGAGGUGAAAGACGUGAAAAAGACAAACUAAAGAUAGCUGCAAAUUGGGUGGUAGAUUUGACGAGGUGCGGUUGUCCAAUUUAUCACCCCUGUGGUUUAUCCGAGGCGCCAAAGUUACACGUUUUGUAAUAUUGUACUAAAUUGUAAAUAUUUGAAAAUAUAAAGAACAAAACAUGAAUAA